AUCUUUCCUUAUCAGGUCAGGUUCAUUCAAUAAAAACUGCUCUAAAUACGUUCAGUAUCAAGCCAAACAUCAUAGUGGACAGUCCAUACAUAUCCACUAAAAUAAAAUACAAAUAAAAAACGACUCUAAGCCCCAUAACUCAAAGUGCAAAAUCGAUUGAGCGCCGCUACAAGACCUUGAACUUAGCUUGACACCGCGCGUUUUGUUCUGCUAGUUUUUUUUUUCAUACGAAUAAAAACAAUGGCGUCAUGGUUCGGCCAACCAAGUGUAGAAGUGUACAAUGAUAUUCAUGUUAAUUUUUUACCAUUAAAUUAUGCUUAUGUGUUUUUAAAUACGACUUUGGAUCACAUUGGAGUUUACAGCGUCAGUGAGGAUUGUUACAAAUGCCCAUACAAACGUCAGAAGAGUGAAUACAAUGCAUUUGGAUCGGAUAAAACAGCUGUUUAUAAAGUAUGUACAGGAGAACAGACCAAAUGGAGGAUUCUUAACAAUAACUACAACGAUUUCAUCCAGCCAGACUAUGUUAGAGGCCUGAUGUGUAACAUGAAACCUAGUCUGGCAGAGUAUGGUGUCUACAGAUUGGACGUCGGGAAAUGUGUGAUGGAGACAGAAGUUCCUCCAAUCAACAUUUACAUGCCUCUCCUGCUUUUCACCCUAAUCAUACUAAGCGCCAUCACAGGCUUCGGCCUCGUAAAAUUAUUUCUAAAGCGAAACAAAAAGCGACAUAACGAAGGAUUAAACUUAACUGCAGAACGAGAUAACUCAGAUAUAAUGCCCAGCUUUCACUUCUUAAGGGGAUUGUUACUAAUUCUAAUAAUAUUCGUAACAACCGGUGGAGGAGGAUACCCGAUAUUCAGCAAGAACUAUGGUGGACUAACGGUGGCAAAUUGUCUUUUAUUCGCAUACACAUUCUCUAUUGGAUUAAAAGUACCAGUAAUGGUGGAAGAGGAUUGUAGGAGGGGGGUGUCGAAACGUUCAAUGCUUGGUAUCGUUGUCUUGAGAUCGUUCGUGCUACUUUUCGUCGGGGUCGCUAUAAGCGCGGCUGCAUCCCGCUCACGUUUUCUGGCCGCUCCACUAUGGGCGCCUUUAUCCUGCAUAGCUAUAUCCUAUCUGAUGGUUGCUACAGUUUACCUGAUAAGUGUGAACAAGCAGGGCAAAUCUAAGAAUAUCAUCGGAACUGCCGGGACACUCUUCUGGAGCUGGUUUUUAGGAGCAUUCCUUUUAAUCAUCGUGAUAGUUUCAAUUCAUAUCUUCUACAACACUGAGUGUAAACAAUAUGCAGAAUUCGACCCACGAAGAAACUCCUGGAUGGCUCAGGGCAAUAAUUGCCAAGAAGACAACGUAUUUAGCGAAGUGUUCAACAAGAAUAUGCUCUGUGUGAACAAGGAUGAACCGUUUUAUGUUGACUAUUACUACGGCUUUACUAAAGGGCUUCUUGGAAUAAUUUCACACAUACUGACAGCACUAGUUGGCCUAAAAGCUGGUGUCAUCUACCUACAACAUGACGAUCACAGCACCAAAAUGAAGCAGUGGUGUUUCUGGGCAUCUAGUUUUGGAGUAACUGGUAUAAUACUUGCUGCAGUCGCCAGUCCACUUAACUAUAAUCUCUGGCCGUUAUCUUCAAUCCUCCUCAUCGCCUCUGCAACUCUCUUCGUCUACAUCUCCAUCUACCACCUCACCGAAGUCCGUCAGUUUAGAAUCAACAUCAUUACAACCUGUGGCAUUUCCUCCAUCGCUACUCUCGCCGGCCAUCUUAUGUUCUCUAACACUUUCCCGUUCUAUUGGGGUCGGUAUUUAGCCACACAUUUCUUGUAUUUGUGGCAGAGUGCGUGGAUCGUGUGUGUGUGGAUUGCGAUCAGCGUGUGCUGGGUGAGAUUGAGGGGUUAUUUGAUUACAAGUAUAGUCAGCAAUGAGGGAGCGAGGAGUCGUGUGGUUCUCGCUUGGUAAACGUAUAGGUGUAUGUUUAGUUAAUUGUUUUAUUAAUAUUACUGCGUAUUUUCCUAAAGUCUUAGAUGUUUUAACAUGAUAAAAACAAUUUUAUACUAUUUUGUUAUUGAUUAAAUAAUUACAAUCACAGUGAAAAAUAAUUGCUGCGUGACUUGAACUGAUUUCGUUAAGAUCGGUUAAGAUUUACAAAUUGAGUUAUCGAGUCAAGUCGACAAAUUUGGAAUGUCUUUGAUCUUUAUAUUUGAUGAGGCGUCUUUGUAACAAACGAGUUUGAUAUUUGAAUUUAUUAAAAUACCAUGUUUACAGCGACUAAUUAUCUAAGUACAAAGACUUUAGUCAGGUAAAAAGGUCUUUAGUUAAUCUGGAAUAAAAAGGAAAGACGGGAAGUGUAAUCUAAAAUAAAAUAUUUUAAUGUUUA